CCCCCCCCCCCCCCCUGCACGCACCGUCCGCCGUCUCCUCGCGCGCUGGCCUCUUACCUGUCCCCCAAAGAUGAGCCGCUUCCUGCAGAGUGACGACGAGGAUGACUGUAUGUUUGCGCCCCCAAAGAAGCAGGCCCGCGUCGACCAAGUGGGGUCCUCCGCAUCCGAUCUGCUCGACGGCUCGUCGCCCAUUAACAACAAGCUCCCCGCUUCAAGCUCGGCCUCGUCGACCUCCCUCGCCACGGGUGGCGUGGCCCGCAGCACCGUGUCCAAGGCCAAGGUCAAGGCCUUGGCCGAUAACUGGGACGAUGAACAGGGCUAUUAUCAGAUCCGCAUUGGCGAGAUGCUGAAGGGCCGAUACCGGGCAGUGGCCCAGCUGGGUACCGGUGUCUUCAGUAGCGUGGUCCGGUGUGUCGACACACAAUCCCCGGCCCCGGGUGGGGACUCGUCCGCAGCCUCGGGCGGCGUGGAGGUGGCCAUCAAAUUCCUCCGGAGUAAUGCCACCAUGCACAAGUCCGGCAUGCGGGAGUUGGAGGUCCUCAAGCGGCUGAAUGCCGCGGAUCCGCACGACCGGAGCCAUGUUGUCCGUCUCCUGGAUAGCUUUGAGCAUCGGAACCACCUGUGUUUGGUAUUCGAGUCGAUGAAGAUGAACCUUCGCGAGGUGAUCAAGCAGUUUGGCUUGAACACUGGGCUGAACAUCCGCGCGGUGCGGGUGUUCGCGCACCAGCUGUUCCAGUCGCUGGCCCUGUUGAACACCUGCGGCAUCAUUCAUGCCGAUAUUAAGCCCGACAAUAUUCUGGUCAACCGCGGCAAUAACCGCCUGAAGCUUUGCGACUUCGGUUCGGCCGAAUACCGUGAGGAGAAUACGCCGACUCCCUACUUGGCCAGUCGUUAUUAUCGCGCACCCGAGGCCAUCCUUGGUCUGAAGUAUGGCCCUCCCAUCGACGUCUGGGCUGUUGCGUGUACCCUGUACGAGCUCUACACCGGUCACAUUCUCUUCCCGGGGCCAACCAACAAUCAGAUGCUGCGACUCUUCCAGGAAGUGAAGGGCGAGUUCCCGCGGCGGCUGCUGCGCGGUGGGGAAUUCUCUUCUCAGCACUUUGACGACUCCUUCGCCUUCCUGUCCCAGGAGUUUGACAAGACCACCCGGAAGCCGGUCAUGCGGCGCAUUUUCUUUAGCCGGCCCACGCGUGACUUGAAGACGCAGCUCUUGCGGGCGGGGGGCACCAUCCCGCCGCCCUCGCCGGCCGACGCGCCGCUCGUGGCGCAGUUUGUCGACCUGCUGGAGCAGUGUCUGGUCCUGAACCCGACGCGGCGUCUGGAGCCGGCUCGGGCACUGGAGCACCCAUUCAUCGCCACGGCCUUCAAGAAUGGUCUGCCCGUCGCGCCGGCGGUCGCCACCACGCCAGCGGCCGGGGCAGCCACCGCGGCGAUUGCCACCCUCGGCGCCACCACUCCCACGUUGGAGUCGCCCCCGGUAGCGGCUGUGGCCGGGCCUGGCGAGGCUGACGUGGCGGCCAUGAUGCUGCCCCGGUGCCCUGAGCCGGCGCCCGCCGCCGACGAACCAUCCGAGCCGGAGGCCGGGGAGUUGCUCGAGUCGGAGGCGACGCUGGCGGCCCCUUUGGGGCCGUCGCAUUCGGUGCCCGAGCUUCAGCGCGAGGCCUCCCCCCCUUCCGGAGGGCCUCCUCCCCAGCUGGCAGCCGCAGCGGCCGCCGCUGUGGUGACCUCGCAGUCUUCGCCGGCCCUAUCGCGUGGGGCCCCGGCCGGCCGGGGCGGAGCGACGCGAGGUGGACGCGGUGGUGCAGCCAGCAGCUUCCUCCGGCCGCCGGUUGGGAUGUCGGCCUUCACGCGUCUCCCACCAGGAAUGUCAUCCUCGGGUACCGGGGCUCGGCGGGGCGGCCGUGGGCGGUAGUGUUUUGGAGGGUCUUCUCCUUCCUGACAGGCCCCCCCCCCCCC